AAAAAGAGAUUUGCAAUCACAUCUUGAAACACUCGCAUGAUCUGAGCUGAAUCAUCUGACUCUAGAUGGUGAAGGUUAUGUAUCAACAGGAUUUUCUUGCUCUCUUUCUGUGUUUGCUGAGCUACGAUGAUCAGAGUUUGACCUUGCUUCCAGUCAGAAGAACAAUUGUUUGAUUCUAGUCUCUGUCUUACUUUAAUUGAAAGAGGAGAAACAGCAAGGACCGGUGAGCACUCCCAACAGUUUCUGAAAAAUCUUCAUGCUAGAGGAUACUCCAGAAUUCCCUGAAGAGUAACAUAGUGAAUGUUGUCCUGCCCAUGCUAUGACAUUUUAGAGAAGAGUCUGAUGCUGAGAUGGUUGUUCCCCUGAAGAUUGCAGGGAUUGCAUCCUUGGAUGCUUUGUGUUGAGAAGAAUCCAGAAGAGCUGUUGGAAAAUCGUGCUUACGGGGAGAUGAUUCCUCAUGAAGUCACUGGAUCCCUUGCAGAAAUCAAAUGUGACUUUCCAUUUAUCAGACUGAAAUCAGAGCCAGCCAGACAGUGAAGCAAGCACAGUGGAGGGGGGACGGCAAAAGAUGAAAUCCAACCAAGAGCGGAGCAAUGAAUGCCUGCCACCUAAGAAGCGAGAAAUCCCUGCCACUAGCCUGCCUUCAGAGGUGAAGCCAGUCCUGCCAAAUGAAAACCACCGAGCAGAUAACCUAGCAUGGCUCCCCAACACACCUGGCAGCCAGGGGGGCCUGGGCAGCAGGCACCGGCCUGGGGGCACAUCAUCGGUGGAGGUGGGCUUGCAGCAGGGUUUGCACAAGUCGCUAUCUGCAGGGCUGGACUAUUCCCCGCCAAGUGCGCCAAGGUCUGUUCCAGCCUCCACCACUCUUCCCACAGUGUACUCACCUGCCCUCUCCCAGUCAGGGACCCCCAUUUCCCCUGUGCAGUACACACACCUGCCACACACCUUCCAGUUUGUUGGGCCCCAGUACAGUGGAUCAUACACCGGAUUCAUCCCCUCACAGCUGAUUUCCCCAACAGCCAAUUCUGCAACCGGCACCGUGGCAGCAGCCACAGCUGUUGCAACCACUCCAUCCCAGCGCUCCCAGCUGGAGGCCUAUUCCACUUUGCUGGCCAGCAUGAGUGGCUUAAGCCAGCAGGGACACAAAGUUGAGCCGCACUUGGUCAGGACACCUGGACUGAUUGCCGCCGGGUCUCCUCCACCCACCCAGCAGAAUCAGUACGUCCACAUUUCCAGCUCUUCUCAGAGUACUGUCAGAAACGUCUCUCCUCCAACCAUCCCAGUCCCCCUGCACCCCCAUCAGACGGUGAUCCCACACACUCUCACCCUCGGUCCUUCCUCCCAAGUGGUGGUGCAGUACACUGACUCGGGAGGCCACUUCAUCACCAGGGAUGCCCCCAAGAAGCCUGAGAGCAGCCGGCUGCAAGCAAUGCAGGCCAAGGAGGUACUGAACGGUGAGAUAGAGAAGAGCCGGAGGUACGGCAUUUCGCCCUCUGCCGACAUGGGUCUAGUUAAAGCAGGCAAUAAACCAGCUCCCCAUCAUUAUGAGACCAGGCAUGUGGUGGUCCACUCAAGCCCUAUUGAGUACAGUGCUCGGGAUUCCUCAGGUGUACGAGCCUCCGUCAUGGUGGUCCCCAACAGCAACACGCCCACAGCAGACAUGGAAGUGCAGCAGGCCACCAACCGUGAGACCUCUCCCACAGUGCUCAAUGACAAGGGAAGCUUGCACUUGGGUAAGCCAGCACACCGGUCCUACGCCUUGUCUCCACAGCAGGCUCUGGGCCACGAGGCGGUAAAGGCAGUGGCCACACUGUCCCCUCACACCGUUAUUCAGACCACCCACAGCGGCUCUGAGCAACUCCCUGUCGGGCUGCCGGCAACGGCCUUCUACGCUGGGACCCAGCCACCAGUGAUUGGCUACCUGAGCAGUCAGCAGCAAGCCAUCGGGUACCCUGGCAGCCUGCCGCAGCACCUGGUGAUCCCUGGCACCCAGUCCUUGCUGAUACCGGUUGGCAGCGCAGAUGUUGAGCCGUCAGCAGUCACACCUGCAAUUGUCACGUCAUCUCCUCAGUUUGCAGCAGUGCCUCACACGUUUGUCACCACCACCGUCCCCAAGAGCGAGAACUUCAGUGCGGAGCCUCUCACCACCCAGCCUGCCUACCAGGCCACCAUGGUGCAGGCACAGAUCCACCUGCCUGUGGUGCAGUCCAUUGCCUCCCCUGCUGCCGCACCUCCCACGCUGCCCCCUUACUUCAUGAAGGGGUCGAUCAUUCAGCUGGCCAAUGGGGAGCUGAAAAAAGUAGAGGACUUGAAAACAGAAGACUUCAUACAGAGUGCAGAAAUCAGCAACGACCUGAAAAUAGACUCCAGCACUGUGGAGAGGAUUGAAGACAGCCAUAGCCCAGGCAUUGCCGUCAUACAGUUUGCGGUUGGGGAGCAUCGAGCACAGGUCAGUGUGGAAGUCUUGGUAGAAUACCCUUUUUUUGUAUUUGGACAAGGCUGGUCAUCCUGCUGCCCCGAGAGAACCAGCCAGCUCUUUGAUUUGCCAUGCUCCAAACUCUCAGUGGGGGACGUCUGCAUAUCGCUCACGCUCAAGAACCUGAAGAACGGCUCUAUUAAAAAGGGCCAGCCCAUGGACUCAGCUAGUAUCUUGCUGAAGCAUUCAAAGAAUGACAGUCUAGCUGGAAGUAGACACAGGUAUGCAGAGCAGGAAAAUGGGAUUAAUCAGGGAAGCACACAGAUGUUAGCUGAGAAUGGUGAACUGAAGUUUCCGGACAAAAUAGGAUUGCCUGCAGCACCUUUGCUCACCAAAACAGAACCCAGCAAACCCCUGGCAACGAGGAAGAGGAGGUGGUCAGCCCCUGAAUCACGAAAACUAGAGAAAUCAGAAGAGGAGCCACCUUUGACUCUUCCCAAGCCUUCUUUUAUUCCUCAGGAGGUUAAGAUUUGCAUUGAAGGUCGAUCCAACGUAGGAAAGUAAAAGCUGUUUGGGGAACGGAAAUUAGGCUAUCCCUUGUCAUUUUUAUCCAGAUUACUGUACUGUAGACUAAAUAACCCAGUAUUUACAUGUUAUCAUCUUAUUUUAGGUUUAUGUUAUAACCUUGUUGUUAUAGUUGCAGCUGGUAUUAUGCAGGAGACUGGUGCAUAUGUUUUUCCACAAGUGUUUGUCAGUGACUAGAUUUAUUGAGAGCUACAGAAGGGGCAGUAUCUGCUUCACACACCCUUAGUGGAAAUGAAUGUGUUGUCAUGGCUCCUGUUUUCUAACACCUCGUGUAGGACAGGGUCCAGCUGUGAUUUUGUUUUCUUUUUGUUGUCAUUUUUGUUUUGUUUUGUUGUUUUGGUUCCUAUUCUAGUUUUCUGGGGGGAGGUGAGGAGAAGGGAACUGUAGCAGUGGUGUAUGUCAGGCAUAGAGUGUGUGUGUGUGUGCGCGCGCGUGUGUGU